AUGACCAGAAAUAAUUAUACCACGCUAACUGAGUUCAUCCUAGUGGGAUUAGCAGACACACUGGAGCUACAGAUUAUCCUCUUUUUACUUUUUCUUGUGAUUUACACACUUACAGUUCUGGGGAAUGCUGGGAUGAUCCUUUUAAUCAGGAUCGAUUCCCGACUUCACACACCCAUGUAUUUCUUCCUGGCUAACUUGUCCUUUGUGGACAUUUGCUAUUCAUCCACCAUCACCCCAAAGAUGCUGGUAGAUUUACUAUCAGAGAAGAAAACCAUCUCCUUUGCUGGCUGCUUCCUGCAGAUGUACUUCUUUAUUGCCCUGGCGACAACCGAAUGCAUCCUCUUUGGGUUAAUGGCCUAUGACCGUUAUGUGGCCAUAUGUAACCCACUACUUUACUCGUUGGUCAUGUCCAGGACAGUUUGCCUUAAAAUGUCAUCUGGGGCUUUUGUGGCAGGGUUGCUGAACUCCAUGGUUGACACAAGUUUUGUAAGCAGCUUGCCAUUCUGUAGCUCCAAUGUCAUCCAUCACUUCUUCUGUGACAGUCCCCCACUUCUUAAGCUCUCAUGUUCUGACACACACCUGAAAGAAAGUAUCUUUUCAACUUUUGCUGGUGUGAAUAUGGUCGGGACUCUGCUGGUCAUCCUCACCUCCUACUCCUACAUUCUCUUCUCCAUCUUUCGUACGCACUCAGGGGAGGGGAGGCACAGAACUCUCUCCACAUGUGCCUCUCAUCUCACGGCCAUAAUUCUGUUCUAUGCCGCCUCCAUCUAUACUUACCUGAGACCUAGUUCCAGCUACUCCCUGAAUCAGGAUAAGGUGGCUUCUGUGUUCUACACGGUGGUGAUCCCCAUGCUGAAUCCACUGAUCUACAGCCUCAGGAAUAAGGAAGUUAAGAAGGCUUUAUGGAAUGUAAUUACAAGGAAAAGGAUCCCUUCCUUUUUGUAA